UUUGCCAACUGCCAAAAAAAUAACACAGAAGAAGAAGAGAGCACAGUUGCAAACGUUGUGUGAGCUUUCACUGUGUCUGCAGAUUUCCUGCUGGUUACGAGCGCUGAACAAGCAUGCGCCUUUUUUACCCCGUGAGCGGCGAGGAGACGCUAGGGAAACCGUAUCUGAUGGUGAAACGCGAAUCGACCUAACACCUGUUUACAGGCAGGACUAUCUUGUUGAUGCUAGAAGGAGAAUCAAAGCUCAGCAGAAGAGCGAGAGAAUCUUGCCGAUGAGGAUCUUCAAACCGAAGUCUUGGAGAUGAUUGGCUGAAGAGAGGGUGCGGACAUGACGCAGAUUAGAUUGGCCGAGACGCAUGGAGGAGCCAGACCGGUUGAGGUGGCCCGGGAAAGAAAGACCAGUUUCCCCCACGCCAAGCAGCGUUUCCAUGAAAAGCAACAUAUCUAAGAAUGAACCUUUGAACUUCAGAGACGAAGAACACCGCUCACCUGAACACCAAAGACCAGUGUCUCCUUCUCCAAGCAUGAACAGCGACAUGUCGAAGGGGGAACCUCUUAACGUCAGCAAUGACAGGUGGCCCGGGAAAGAAAGACCAGUUUCCCCCACGCCAAGCAGCGUUUCCAUGAAAAGCAACAUAUCUAAGAAUGAACCUUUGAACUUCAGAGACGAAGAACACCGCUCACCUGAACACCAAAGACCAGUGUCUCCUUCUCCAAGCAUGAACAGCGACAUGUCGAAGGGGGAACCUCUUGACGUCAGCAAUGACAGGUGGCCCGGGAAAGAAAGACCAGUUUCCCCCACGCCAAGCAGCGUUUCCAUGAAAAGCAACAUAUCUAAGAAUGAACCUUUGAACUUCAGAGACGAAGAACACCGCUCACCUGAACACCAAAGACCAGUGUCUCCUUCUCCAAGCAUGAACAGCGACAUGUCGAAGGGGGAACCUCUUGACGUCAGCAAUGACAGGUGGCCCGGGAAAGAAAGACCAGUUUCCCCCACGCCAAGCAGCGUUUCCAUGAAAAGCAACAUAUCUAAGAAUGAACCUUUGAACUUCAGAGACGAAGAACACCGCUCACCUGAACACCAAAGACCAGUGUCUCCUUCUCCAAGCAUGAACAGCGACAUGUCGAAGGGGGAACCUCUUGACGUCAGCAAUGACAGGGUUACUAACACAACCCAAUUGAAAACGGGUGAGAAAUCUGAAAAAGGAGAUGCCAAGGGUAAAAAUGACCUGAAGAAAGUCAUCCUUAAGGAGCUGGGUCGACAUGAAAAUGACCCAAAACUCUGUGAGAUAGUGAAGUUUGACAAAAGUGGGAACAAAGACCCAGUCAUGUACAAUGAUUUAUUUUCCGGGAAUAAAACAGUCCUCAUGAUAGGAGUCCCUGAUAUUGGUAAAACAUUCCAGGCAAGAAUGUUCAUGAUCGACUGGGCAAAAGGACGCUCCAACAAAGACAUAAAGGCUUUAGUGUCCCUUGAUUUCACUGAGCUGAAUACAAAGAAAGAUGAAACUAAAAGCAUGGAGUCUCUGCUUAAGGAUUACUUCAGCAAAAAAAAAGUAGUGCUUUCCAUCGAUGACAAGGAUAAAAUAUGUUUUAUUCUUGAUGGGCUGGAAAAAUGCAAACUUCCUCUUGACUUUGUAAACAACAAGGAGCUUCAAGACUUGAAGGAACCUGCAUCAAUGGAUGUGCUGCUAACAAAUCUGAUCAAGGGAAAUUUGCUUCCUGAAGCUCAUGUUUGGAUAGUUUCUCAACCAAAAGGAGUUCAGAAGAUUCCUGCUGAAUAUAUCAAGAAAACUGUUCACUGUGAAGGAGGAGAUGCCAAGGGUAAAAAUGACCUGAAGAAAGUCAUCCUUGAGGAGCUGGGUCGACAUGAAAAUGACCCAAAACUCUGUGAGAUAGUGAAGUUUGACAAAAGUGGAAACAAAGACCCAGUCAUGUACAAUGAUUUAUUUUCCGAAAAAAAAACGUUACUCGGUUCCAAAAAGUUGCGAACAGUGCUUAUGGUGGGAGUUCCUGAUAUUGGUAAAACAUUCCAGGCAAGAAUGUUCAUGAUCGACUGGGCAAAAGGACGCUCCAACAAAGACAUAAAGGCUUUAGUGUCCCUUGAUUUCACUGAGCUGAAUACAAAGAAAGAUGAAACUAAAAGCAUGGAGUCUCUGCUUAAGGAUUACUUCAGCAAAAAAAAAGUAGUGCUUUCCAUCGAUGACAAGGAUAAAAUAUGUUUUAUUCUUGAUGGGCUGGAAAAAUGCAAACUUCUUCUCGAUUUUGUAAACAACAAGGAGCUUCAAGACUUGAAGGAACCUGCAUCAAUGGAUGUGCUGCUAACAAAUCUGAUCAAGGGAAAUUUGCUUCCCGAAGCUCUUGUUUGGAUAGUUUCUCAACCAGGAGUUCAGAAGAUUCCUUCUGAAUAUAUCAAGAAAACUGUUCACUGUCAAGAAACCUUUCAGCGACAGAAGAAUUUAGAAUCAAGUCUGAAAAAGAGAUUUCUGAAAGAAAUCACUGAAGAUAAAAAUGAAAGCAGUCAUCCUAACCAGAGAACAACAGAACAUAUCAUCAGAAGAGAAAAUGGCUCUGCAGAAGAGGAAUGUAAACCGAAACAGUUUAGACAAGUGCAAACGCUUUCUGACAUCUUCAAAGAUGGGGAAGGAAAGAAAACUAGAACGGUGCUGACUAUUGGAGAAGCUGACAAAGGAAAAUCUUUCCAUAUGCAAAAGUUUAAGAAAGAGUGGGCUGAAAAUAAAAAGAAGACCUGGUCACUUUUUAGCUGGGUUAAAGAAAAGGUUUCUGGCCCGGCCAAAGAUGUAGAACUCUUGUUUCCACUUGACUUCUUAAAGCUCAACUUGGUAAAAGAGAAAAACAUUAGUUUGUUUGGGCUUCUCAACCAUUACUUUACGGAAACCAAAGACUUUGUCAUCUCUGACUAUUCCCGAUUAAAUAUAUUAUUUCUUCUGGAUGGACUUGAUGCAUAUCAACAUUGUUUAGACUUUGGUAACAAUGAAAUGUUGACUGAUGUCAGAGAACAAGCCUCAGUGGACGUGUUACUUAUAAACCUGAUUAAAGGAAUCCUGCUUCCAAAUGCCAGAGUUUGGAUCACCUCCCAGCCUCCAGCAGCUGAGAAGAUCCCUGAUAACUUUGUUGACAGGAUAACAGAAAUACGAGAGAAGCCUGAUAUUACAAGUCAACGGAAACUGAAGUUUCAACUAAAAGAGCAAUUUACUCGUGUGUCUGAAGGGAUUGAUAGGCAGAAGACCUCAGCUCUUUUAAACGAGGUCUUCACUGACCUCUACAUCAUAGAGGGGGAGGGGGCUAUAAAUGAGACCCAGCAGGUUCAGGAUGCAAAGUUCAAAACAGUGAAGGAAGAAACAACCAUCAAAUACUGUGAUAUCUUCAAACCUGCAAAUAGUAAUCAAAACAUUAAAACUGUGCUCACCAUUGGAGUGGCUGGCAUAGGAAAAACAUUUGCCUCAAUGAAGUACAUUCUUGACUGGGCAGAGGGCAAAGCAGACGAAAACAUUUUUUUCAUUUUUCCACUUCCUUUCCGAGAGCUUAAUCUGAGACAAGACAAAGAACACAGUUUAAAAGAUCUGAUUCAUCAGUUCUUCCCAGCUCUGAAGACCUCUGAAAUAACUGACUAUGACAAGUAUGAGAUUCUGAUUGUUCUGGAUGGUUUUGAUGAAUGUCGCCUUGAUCUUGAGUUCAGAGAAAUAAGCAAAUGGACAGAUGUUGCAACACCAACCUCAGUGAAUGUUCUGCUGUCAAAUCUUCUCCUGGGAAACCUGCUCCCUAAAGCUCAAAUCUGGAUCACCUCCCGACCUGCAGCAUCCAACAACAUUCCUCCUCAGAAGGUUGAUCGAAUGACGGAAGUGAGAGGAUUUAAUGAUGAACAAAGGGAAAAGUAUUUCAUGAAGAGAUUCAGUGAUGAAGAGAUGGCUCAUAAAAUCCUGACACAUGUGAAAAAAUCAAGAAGUCUUUACAUUAUGUGUCACAUCCCUGUUUUCUGCUGGAUCACGUCAAAGGUUCUGGAGGACUUUGUUACCAGAAAUCAAAAUGAAGGACAUCCAAAAACUUUGACAGACAUGUACACACAGUUCCUUCUGCUCCUGCGCAGACAGACAAAAGUAAAAUUUGGUAACAAUCAGCCAAUCUCUGAAACAUCUGAAAUGGAGACAUGCUGUGAUGCAAGUAAUGAUGAAACAAUCCUAUCUUUGGGAAAACUUGCUUUUAAGGGUUUAGAGGAGAAAAUCCUUCUCUUCACUGAAGAAGACUUGACCGGUUGUGGUAUUGAUAUAACUAAAGCUGCAGUUUUCUCUGGGUUGUUCACUCAGAUCAAAAGAGAAGACCAUGGGUUUUAUCAGCAAAAGUUGUUUUGCUUUGUCCAUCUAAGCAUUCAGGAGUACCUGGCAGCUCUCCAUGUUUUCUACUCAUUUAGUAACAAAGGUGAAAAGGUGUUCAUAGAACCGACCUCAGCAGCCUCAGACCUAACUGCCUCAGACUUCUAUAAAAAAGCAGUGGACAAGGCUUUUGAGAAUAAAAAUGGGGACUGGGACAUGUUCCUUCGCUUCCUAUUGGGUCUCUCUAUGGAAAGUAAUCAGGAUCUUCUCCAAGAGCUUUUGAAAAAGACCAUUAAUAAUGAAGACACUAAUAAGGAAACAGCUGAAUACAUCAAAGAAAAGAUCAGAGAGAACAACAGUGACCCAGAUAAAAACCUUAAUCUUUUCUACUGUCUUAAUGAGCUGAAUGACCACACCCUGGUUCAAGAAAUCAAAAAUUAUCUUCACUCAGAAACAAAACCCUUUGAACAUUUCACUACUUCGCAGUGGUCAGCUUUAACGUUCGUGCUGCUGACAUCAGAUGAGAAGCUUGAAGUGUUUGAUCUCAAGAAGUACCUGAAAUCAGAGAAAGUUCUUCUGGGAAUGCUGCCAGUGGUCAGAGUCUCAAACACCACUCUGCUGAGCUGGUGUGAGCUCACUGAAGAAUCUUGCCAUGGUCUGACAUCAUCAGUGCUCAGCUAUCCAUCCUCAAAUCUCACAGAGUUGGACCUCAGCCAUAAUGAUCUGCUGGAUGCUGGAGUGAUGCAGCUUGCUGAUGGGCUGAAAAACAUAAACUGUAAACUUGAAAUUCUUAAGUUGGCCGGAUGUCAGGUGACAGACAACGGCUGCUCUUCUCUGGCCAAAGCUAUUGAGUCCAAUAGAGUCUCCUCUCUUAAGCUCUUGGAUCUGACUUACAAUCACCCUGGAGAAAAUGGGAUGAGCGUUCUCUCUGCAAUAGUUGAGAAUCCAGACAAGAAGCUUGAGAAAGUGUGCUUUGACCAUGGAGGAAAACAUCGGUUAAAACCUGGUUGGAAUAAAUACGGUGUAGAUCUUACAUUUGAUGAAAACACAGCUAGCAGACGGCUUGUUUUGCUUGAAGAAAACAAAAAAGCAAAAACUACAAGUAAUGUGGAGGAGGUACCCACGCGAACUUGGAGUGAAAGAAGGUUCAAGAGGAGCCAGAUAUUCUGUAAUGAAGGCCUGGAAGGACUUUGCUACUGGGAAGUGGAAUGGAAAGGCAAGGUGGGGAUUGCUGUGGCAUAUGAAGAUGUGGGCAGGACCUGGAACAGUGAUGGUGGACUGGGAUGCAAUCAUUGGUCCUGGAAUCUGCUCUGCUACAAGACUGGAUACACUGCCAUACAUGAAAGGACAUCAAUAAAAAUUGAUGUCCCUCCUUGUGAAAAAAUAGGUGUGUUUCUUGACUGGGAUGGAGGAACUCUGAGUUACUACAGUGUGUCAUCAGAGGGGCGGAGCCUGAUUCAUACCUUCAAAGCAAAAUUCACAGCAGAGCUUUUUCCAGCCUUCUGGUUUCAGAAAGGCUCCAUAACUUUGAGUGACCUUUAAACUUAUCAGUGAUGGGCGCAGGUUUGAAACACUGUAAGCAGGGGAUAAACUGAGCUUUGGCUAUACAGAGGACUUGAAGCCAUGCAGAAAGUCCUAACUUACCUAGCUCUCCUCUCAUUCAUAAGACAAAUUGAUCAUGGAUCCAUUUAUUUCCUGUACACACUUGGUCCCAUUUAGGGUUACAUGGCAGGUGAAGAGAGUCCCAGCAGUUAGUGGACAGAAGACGAGACAAACAUUGAGUGUUACUGUGUUUUUUUAAAUAACUUAUUUCUAAAUGAUUUAUAGUGUUUAGGUUCAAAAGCAUGAAAGUACUUGACCACAUAAUCUUUUUAUUUUGUAAUUUACACAUUGACUGACAUGCAGACUUCCACAGAGCUGUAUUUCAAUUGGAUGGAAAGGUCAAACUAUUUAAAAUUGUCUUGGAAUAAUAAAAAAGAGGCUGAUAUUCUUAUUUAAACAAUGUUUAGACAUUACAAAAACCUACUAUUCACUAAGCAAUAUGAAAUUUCCUGCAGGGGGUAUUUGCUAACUAGUGAGCUCAUGUUCAAAAUAAAUCCAAAAUCAAAUUACCAUUAGAUUUACCAGCAGUGUCAGUUUGGGCAUGCACGCUACUCCAGACUAUUAAAAAGCUUUCAAAAAUUUGCUUUAAUCAGAUACGUUUCAGAGACAAAUCUAAUGACUACAGCAAAAAGCAGAAAACCAACACUUCCUCAUAAUGCUUUGAAAUGGGUUAAAUAGAUUCAUUUUAUGUUAUGCUUGUUGUUGAUGGGUUCUGAACUAAAAUUAAAGGAGAAUCUAAAAGAUCACUGAAAGAUACUUAAAUUUCCAAAACUGUAGCCUGCAUAUUUUUUAUUAUGUGUGAUAUUACUGCUAAAAUAGACUUUUCUGUUUUUACUUUAAAUAAUAAGGUGAAAGGCAGCUGACAGUAGUUUUCCUUAUAUCUGAAUUCACUAUAUACAUUUUCAGUUUUAACAAAUACAAAAAGGUAUUUUUUUACUACUGGAUGAAAUCCAAAAUAUUUUUGACUACUUUUUUAUUCUGUAUUUGAUGAUGUCAAUUUAAAACAAUAAAAAAAUU